UGCAGCAAAACUUACAAGGUCAAUUUCGUAAAUAUGUCUUGAUAACCAAUAAUUUGUUAUGAGGAAAUGGUGGCCCUCAGACAGGAAAAAGAAACAUUGCUUAUGUCAUGAAUGAAGGUUGAGUUAUGAGCUAAACAGCUGCACCUUUAAAACCCCCUCAAAAUCAUGCUGUGAAACAAAUAGGAGACAGAAAAGUUUUGAGCUGAGGAUAACAGCCAGAAACAUGAGCAGCUCGCGAAAGAGAGCAUCUCUUUAUAAGAAACUACAGCUUCUUCGUGCUGCUACAAACUCCACUGCCGUGAGUAAAACGUCAAUUGUUGUUGAUGCAUCGAGGUACAUAGAGAAGUUGAAGAAGAAAGUGGAUCGAUUGAACCAAGAGGUUACUGGAACUUCAUCACCUUCUUCCACUUCUGAGAAUCCGUUACCCAUGCAGGUUAAUGUGGAAACACUAGAGAAGGGUUUUCUGAUUAAUGUGUCAUUGGAAAAGAAUUGUCCGGGCCUGCUUAUCUCCAUACUUGAAGCCUUUGAGGAUCUGGGCCUUGAUGUGCUCAAUGCUAAGGUUUCUUGUGCAGAAAAUUUCCAACUAGAAGCAAUUGGAGGAGAGAAUGAAGGUGAAGCUGAACAUGGCAUCGAUGCCCAAGUGGUGAAGCAAGCUGUGUUGCAGGCUAUAAAGAGCUGGACUGAAAACAAUUAAUAAGCAAGAUUAUUGACAAUCUU